GGGGGCUAUAAACAGGGGAGAGAGGGAGAGGUUUGACAUGCCUUAUAGCUAGUUCACGCGUAUUUGCCAGCAUAACAGAUGCCAGGCAAAGAGAGAGAGAGAGAGAGAGAGAGAGAGAGAGAUGGCACAAGAGUAGGAAAAGAGAGGGAGAGAGUUCAGUGUGAGUCUCCUGGGGAGAAGCACACAGUAUCCAGGUCUCCGGUAAACAUCUAUGAGCCUCCUCUAUAAAGCUGCUGUGCAAUAUUGCAUGGAACAACGGAGCAAAGACAAAUAUAUCAGCUUCAUUUCCAGUUAAAAUUGUCAGCCUAUUUGAGGAUAGAGUUGAGCUCCAGCACAGAACAGUACAACUAGUGGCAGCGGCAAGCAGCUUGUCAGAAGUUUAAGUCUUUAGAUGCUGAAAAGAGCUGAGACAAAGUGAGCAGAGAUCAACCAACUGAGCAGAAAAUGACAGCUGCAGCAGCCCAGGAACUUGAUGAGCGAUGUUUCCUGUCAGCUCAAUCCAUGCACAGUCUGAAGGUAUCCGAACACUUCCAGGUGGUAAAGCUCCUCGGAGAGGGAUCCUAUGGAAAGGUCAUGUUAGCUGUACACCGAAAGAGAGGAACCCCUAUGGCUCUGAAGUUCUUCCCUCGUCAGUCUACUUCGCUCACCUCCUUCCUGCGUGAAUACAAUCUCUCCCUUUCUUACUGCACCCAUCCUUCUCUGACAAGGGCCCUUGGCAUCUUUUUUUCCACACCGACAUACUAUGUCUUUGCCCAGCAAGCUGGUCUAUACGGUGACCUCUACAGUGUGAUUGUGUCAGAGGUCGGGGUGGGUGAAGAGUGUGUCCAGAGGGUGAUGGCCCAGCUGAGUGGUGCCGUUACACAUCUGCACUCCCUGGGCUUCGUCCACCGUGAUAUCAAACCUGAGAAUAUCUUCCUCUGUGACAGUGCCUGCCGCUGGGUCAAACUGGGUGACUUUGGCCUUACCCGGGCCAUUGGCUCCACUGUUCGUGCUGUCUGGUAUGAGUCGCCCUUCUGUACUCCAGAGGUGGAACCUGCCAAGAAGGCUGAGAAGGAGUGGGAGAGGAGGCAGCGUGAUGGGAAUGAAGAGGAGAUGGAGGACAUUUGGAUAACAGUGGAGCCCUGUAUUGACAGCUGGGCACUUGGUGUACUUGUCUACUGCCUCUUAACUAGCUGCUUUCCGUGGGAGGAGAGCACCCUUGAUGACCGUGGCUACCGUAGAUACAAGGAGUGGUUUAACCGUGAGGCUGAAAAGGAGGGGAAGAUCAGGGAUGGUGAGUGGAUUGAUGUGGAGGAAAUAGACAGUUACACAAUCAUGAAGACAGAACAAAUGGACAACCCUCCUCCUCCACAGUUUGACGGUCUCAGUGCACUAGCGAUGACUCUUUUCAAGGAGCUGCUCCACCCUGAGCCCAAACGCAGAGGAAACCCAGAGGAGAUCCUGAGCUACCUGGGAGGGCCAUGGCUAAUGGAGACGGAGAGAGAGGAGGAGAGGAAGGCAGAGGAGGCAGAGAAAGAGGCCAGAAAAAUAAGGGAGGCAGGAGGGGUGACAGAGGAGAUUAUCAGGGAAGGAAGAGGGGAGAGAUAAGCUUUGUCUUUAUAAAACUGUUUCUGGAGUAGUGUUUUUUAAUGAAUGCAACAUGCUUGACAUUAUGCUGCAAUGUAUUUUUGUGUAUAAAUUUAAAUCUAAUACAAAAUAUACUCAGUAAGGUGCUAUAUUUUUGUAUUUUUCCAACCACUUCCAUCGUUGUAUAUAUUCCAAUGUGUGUGUAUGUGUAUGAAUGUGCGCCUUAAUGAAAAUACAAGAAAGGUUUGAUGUUUGAAACUCCAAUUUGUAUUAUAGUGUCUUUAAAAAUCUGUACUGGACUUGGUUAAA